AUCGCUUUGAAUAGAUUAGUGGCGAACGGUGAAAUCGAACGAUCAGACGACGUUCGGAGACAAUAUACUCGUGCAAGUUCUUCAAGAGUACUCCUUACAGCAUCACCAUGAUCAAACAAUUAACAAUUUUAUUCUCCGCUAUCGUUCUGGUGCAAUCGCAGAGACCACCCUAUGCCGGAAGUAGCAAGCCUUAUCCUGGAGUUCUUCCACAAUAUUUGGAUGCACAGACAACAACAGCACCUACUACUUCUAGCAGUAAUCAGACUGGGAUCGGAAAUCGAAUCGAUGUGAGCAGCAGCAGUGUCGGUCCAGCCUUAGGAGCCGCACCUCCCAGUGUACCGACGAUUCCUCAGGAUCUGCCAGUGGAUGCUUUGGGAGAUAUCGAGCUGAUAAACAGAAUCAAGACCUGGCCGAGGGAGAAACAGCCUUUCUGGUUCAUCAACUGGCAACAGAUCCAAGAACAUCGUGGCGAUGUGAAUAACAGGGUUCAGCCACCUCAAACUCAACCGAAUACGAGACCGUUUUUCGCGGGUUAGAAUAAAGCAGUGUCCGUGAAAACAGUUCUAUUGAUUCCAAUUCGACGACAUCCACUGCCGUCACUUUUCUGCUAGUCACAUUUUCAUUCGAGAUGUACUUAAAUGACAAUACGUUUGAAAAACACGAGUAGACAAAGGUAUCGUGUAAUGUUUCCUAAAAAUCGUUUACACAUGAAUAUUGCAAAGAAAAAUUGUAAUUAAAGUUUUAAGUUUCGUUACACGAUACGUUUAGUCACUUCGUUGACACAGGAUUUAAUAUCCAAUGAAUCUAAAUAAUUGAAGUACAAAAUUAUACGAAUUUAAUCAGUGUUUAAGAAACAACUGAAAGGUUAUUAUUACAUGUGAGCAGUUUCGCGUUCGAACGGCGUAUCUUUCGUGAACGAAUAAAAAGAUAUUAAUUAAA